AAAACAAACACUCGAGCUCGGCUUCGACGGUUGGCGGGUGAAUAGUUUUCUCUACUGCGACUGCCACUGCUCAGCUCAGUUCACGUCCGACGUCAAAAUGGUUCACAAGAUUCGUGCCGUGAUCAUAAUCAUCAAACUAACCUGCCUGGUAGGAAUUUGUUUCGUCCAAACGACAAAUUGCCAAAAAGUGAGAACGAGAAAGACUAAACAUGUCAACCUUGAGUCAAACGCCGUUGUACCGGUGGAAAACGUACCGUGUACCUGUGCUAUUUUUCUUACCGGACAAUUCAACAAGUAUAACCGUACGGAACCACCGCGAGGGAACCCAGGAAUACAACUUGAACUGAUGCAGAACUAUCCCUGUAAUAGUGCGGGAAAUAAGCAAUGCUCGAAUCGCUGCCUUGAUGCCAUUUUGAAACACUUGCCUAAUUCGCCGGCACUGAUAUGCGGCACCAUUGACCGGGAUUGCUAUCGAGAGCGCGCCUAUCUGUUCUAUCAGAACUGUGCGCCACGAUGGAUUAACAGCAAUUUGUCAGCCGGAAGGGAGUUUUGCUGUGAAAACGAUCGACCGAUGCGGUGUACGAAAAUGGCUGCCUUGAUACGAAAAUCGUUACUGGCAGGUAACACAACCAAAACGAACGACGACGACGACAACGACAACGGUGAUGAUUAUCCAGAAGAGUCGGUAGAAUAAAGAAUUGUGAUAUUUACUGUGUAUGAAGCAAAAUAACUCAUCGUGAGGUACUAC